CUUCCACAUCUUCCACAUCCCUUGCCUCAUUCCCGGCGACCAGCCAACAACGGCCCAGCCAACAGCCGCUGCCCAGCCUUCCCUGGCCUCUCCGCCCAUCAACAUGUCGUUCAGCCGGCAAACCGUUGUCGACGACUCGGAUGAUGACACGGACCUAUCGGAGCUCACUCGGCGAGACUACAUCAACUCGCUCUUUCGGCCCGUUCCCCCCGGCCAGCGGCUCCUAUGUCACAUCAUUCGCUACCGAGAGGGCAGGACCAAAAUGUUUCCGCAUUUCCACAUGAUGAUCGAGCAGAACGACGGAUCGCCCGCGCUGUUUGCCCUCUCGGCUCGAAAGCGGCGCAAGACAAAGACUUCGGACUAUAUCGUCAGUCUGGAUUCGUCGACAAACUCGCCAAACACCCAGAUGGUCGGCAGGCUCCGCUCGAACUUUAUCGGAACCGGAUACACCGGCUCGGCGCUGAAGAGCACCCCGCAACCUGGCUCGGGCGGCCCCGAGAGACCGCCGCUGGUCGAGCAAGUGGGCAUUCUCUAUGAACCCAACAUUCUGGGACUCAAAGGGCCCAGAAAGAUCUCCAUCAUCCUGCCGACGAUGAACAAGCAGGAUGAGCAGAACGACAUUCCGUUCUCAAAGGACAAGGAAGUGCUCUUGAGUCUGAUCAAGAGCGAUGCAAAGAAGGAUCUUGUCAUGCUGCACAACAAACCACCCCAAUGGAACGAUGAAACACAUUCAUACGUGCUCAGCUUCGACGGACGAGUGACCGUUGCGUCCGUCAAGAACUUUCAAAUUGUCCACGACCAUGACCUGGACUACAUCGUCAUGCAGUUUGGACGAGUGAGUUCGAAUCGGUUCAACCUGGAUAUUCAGUAUCCGCUAUCGCCGAUACAGGGCUUUUUGAUAGCGAUCUCGAGCUUCGACCGCAAGAUCGCUUGCGAGUAGGAUCUCUGCUCUUCAACUUCCUCCCCCGUUGGUGCUCUCGGGCUCAUCAGGAGCUCGUCGCCGUCCUGGCAGAAUCGCCGCAUCGCCGACGAACAAUAUUGGCGCGCAGGAGAGGAUUAUGGGUCCAAAUGCCAACCUCCCGCGCUGAGCUCCUCCAACCACCCGCCCUGCAAAACGCCCGCCAAGUGCUGAGAACCUCA